AUGUUCUUCACGAGACUAGCAACCCUCACCGUCGCCAGCUUGAUGGUUUCACCCAUCACAGCUGGCCCCAUCAACCCCAGAGCAUCCAGCGGCAACGGCCAAGCCAUCGGGGAGUCCGAAGUAGCCGUCAACACCCCCGAAGGCGUCCAGAUGAUGAGCCACAGCGCAUAUGUCAGCAUGCUCCAGGAAAAAGGUAUCCAGAUCGGCGCGCCACCCCCGAUCCACGACGACAUGGUCACUUAUAACGCCCAGCAGCUGGCCGAGCUUGAGGCAUCCGAAGCCGCCAAGAAGACCGACGAUGCUCCUCCGCCUCCUCCGGGAACGCUCGACAGCCGGGGCAAGUGCGACAAGACUACGUCGGUCGUCAUAGACAACACCACCACCUUUGUCGACUGGGACGCGCAGAUGUCGCCCGUCGUGUGCGCACAGGGCAACAUGAUGGUCGCCGUGGCCAGCGGCUACAUGGUCAGUAACUCGAUCGGCGUCAACGCCGGACUGAUGCCCACCAUGGUCAAGGACGUGCUCAGUGGCUCGCUCAACAUCGACUACACGAGGUCCUGGACCACCUCCUCCGUCAUCACCACCACCGGCACCGUCACGGACAAGAACUGCGGCGUCAUGGUCACGCGCCCCAUCGUCACCAGGCGCACCGGUCGCGUCUUCAAGGGCUGCCUCGGCGCCCUCGAGCAGAUCGGCGCCUUCUACGCCGAUGACCACAAAGAAGUCACAAUCGCUGGCAUGAAGUGGGUUGAAGGUGCAAUUUCCAUGUGCAUGAAGCCCGGCAUCAACCCGCCUCUGAGCCGUUGCUCCGGGGAGGGCAACUUUAUCUAG